AUCUCCUUCCAUCUUCUCCCCCACUUCUUCCUCUCCUUCACAACCAUCUUCUUUCUCCGCCACCACCACCACCACUAGAAGAGAUACCAGCAUGGGGCCCCAACAGGACCCCAAGAAGACCUCCUCCAAUGGCUCCUUGGUGAAGAAAGAGAAGGUGGUGAGGUACGGAGAGUGCAGGAAGAACCACGCCGCCAGCAUCGGUGGAUAUGCGGUGGACGGCUGCCGCGAGUUCAUGGCGUCGGGGGAGGAAGGGACGAGCGCCGCCCUCCGCUGCGCCGCCUGCGACUGCCACCGGAGUUUCCACAAGCGAGAGGUCCAGAGCGAGACCGAGAGCGAGACCGUGUGUGACUGCUCCUCCAUCUCCACUCCCUGGCGGUGAACAAGUUUCGCUCGAUCAAGUCGUUGAAGUUGGGAUAUGGAUGCCUUUCCUUAUUUCUUAAUCAUACUGUUGUUAAUGAAAAUAGAUUUUGUAAGGGAAUUAAGGUUGUAAAAUAUGGGGUUUAAUAUUGAUAUGUGCACCUUUCGUUGCUUUCUGGUUUAGGAGUCUGAUAAAAAGGAGUUAGAUGUUGUGGGUAUAGUGUCACAUAUGAUCUUCUUAAGGGUUGUUUAAGCUGUAGAGAUGGUUGUUUUGUGAGUGUAUUAAUUGUUUCUUGUUAGCUCAGAAAUGAUAAUUAUUAAUUGUUUAGCAAA